GCUACAUCCGGUUAAUGCUAGCUGUAGCAGCAAUGCUGUUCUUUAUAACUCGUCACUGUCACUAGACUUGUUUAGUUUUAAUAAAAUGUUCGUCAGUCACAGUUUUCGGCUGUGUUCUUUCUGUAUCCGUGUCGUUUCACGCAGAAGAAGAGAAAACGAAGGAUGGAGGAGGACACWGAGUUACACCACCAGUCCGAAAUGUUUCAACAUGGAAGUGCAGCACUGGGGUUCAAGAGUACCAAAACGCUACUGCCACCGAGAUCUGGAGGAUUUAUACAACAAUAAUUCAGUCCAGAGAUAUCUCCAGCAGCUGAUGGAGGAGUAUGAAGUAGUCAGUAGGAGGCUACAGGAAGAGUUUGUCAGUGAGUCUGACAAAAAAACACUGCUGAAGAAACACGCAGAGCUCCUGCCUUUAUCAAACAUGUGUGGGAAAAUUGACCAAGCCAGGCAAGACCUCCAAGAAGUUCAUUCAUUGCUGCAAAGUUCAGCUGGAUCCACAGAUGAAGACAAACAGUUAACCCUGUUGCUCAAAGAAGAGGAAGCACAAAUAUCCAACAAGAUUCUGGCUUUGAACGAAGAUCUGAUGAAAGCUCUGGUCCCCGUUGACCCUCUUGACUCCAGGGACGUCGUGUUGGAGGUUAUAUCAGGACGAACAACAGGAGGAGACAUCUGCCAGCAAUUCACCAAAGAAGUGUUCAACAUGUACAAGGGCUUUGCCUGCUUCAAAAACUGGGACUUUAACGUUGUGAACUACACGCCUGCAGAGUACGGGGGACUGCAACAUGCUUCAGUCAGGAUAUCCGGGGAGAGUGUGUACAGACACCUGAAGCACGAAGGAGGGACUCACCGGGUGCAGAGGAUCCCAGAGGUGGGCCUCUCCUCCAGGAAGCAAAUGAUCCACACAGGAACCAUGACCGUCGUCAUCCUGCCGCAGCCAAGAGAGUUAGAUGUCCACAUCGAGGCCAAAGACCUGCGAAUCGACACGUUCAGAUCCCGAGGCGCCGGCGGGCAAAGCGUCAACACGACGGACAGCGCGGUGCGGAUAGUUCAUCUUCCCACCGGAGUGAUAGCUGAGUGCCAGCAGAGUCGCUCGCAGCUGAAGAACAGAGAAACGGCCAUGCACGUGCUGAGAGCCAGACUCUACAAGAGCAUGGCGGUUAAAGAGAUCGAGCAGAGGAUCACGGCACGGAAGCAGCAGGUGGGCACGGGGCAUCAGUCGGAGAGGAUCCGAACCUACACCUUCAACCAGGAUCGAGUCUCCGAUCACCGCAUCGGAUACGUCGUCAGAGACAUUAAGGAGUUCAUGAGAGGAGGCCAGGCUCUGCAGGAUCUGAUCCUGGAUUUGCUGGAACACUUUGAGCGUGAGGCGCUGCUGCAGCUGGUGGAGAGCAGCGUCRCUUUUACUCCAUCAGAGAUGAGCAAGACUUCAGACUGACCCUCACCACUGCUCCGACUGAAAGCACGCUCCACAUUAUGCUGCUGCACACAGCAGAUACCGUAAUAUACGUGUUAUAAUAUUAUUA